AUGCUGCUAGAUGAUGAUAUGGACAAGACUCUACUAGAACGCCGAGUGCUGCAAGUUGCAACUGGAUGCCACUUCCUGACCAACCUAUAUGCCAGUUUUCAGACAGAGGUAAGAAAAUAACAUCAAAUGUCUAUCCAUCCACUCUUUAAUUACAAGAAAGAUAAAAAACGCAUGAUUUUAUGUAGACUCUUCUUUUGACUAGUUUUAUCUCUCUUUGCAAACAGAACCAUGUCUUCUUUGUCAUGGAAUACGUGAAUGGAGGAGAUCUGGAACAAUUCAUGAAUAGGCAUGGGAAACUGGACAGAGACGCAGUGAGGUAAUGCUUGAAAGGGGAUAUUUAAAAGUAAAAGAGGUCAAUAGGAAAGUGUCCUGGGAAUGAAAUAGUGUUGAGGAGACAUUGUGAUUUGUAUAGAUAGGUAUAAGAACAGUUUGUGAAAGAUAGGAAGGAAUAAGAAAAAAGUAUGUUUCUGAAUACAAUUCAGGCAGGUUCCUUGGUACCCAAUUCUACAGGUAAAAGGUUACUCCAACAUCCAUGACCACUUCUGCUUUUUAAAGUUGUAAUGGAGGAAGGAAUCUGGAUGUGCAGUGUUUUAGCUAGAAACACUGCACAUCUAGAGAUAUUUGGAUUUUGCGCCAGGGGCUAUAUAAAUCCUGGACACAUAUGGCUUUGUGCAUAUUUUACAACUGUCGUCAACUGUCCCCAAAAAAACGUUUAGCAGAGAUUUUUGGUGUAGAGUACCCAUGUAGUGUCCCAAUGUCUGGUCUUGGUUGUGGUGGUGAGGUAUAUGAUGAUAUCGCUCUUUCCCCCACCAUUCCAGACAUUUGCUUAGGUCAGUCCCGAAAGGAAAUAAACAUACAGAGGAAUUACAAGAGGAAUCUGGAGAGGAGAGGCUUUUCUGUACCUACUAGGCACACAACACUUUAUCUAAGUCUCUCUGUAUCUUUAGCUGGAUUGCUUACCAAUACAAGAAGUAGCUCACCCAGUGAUAAUACUAUUAAUACCAUCUCCUCCCUUCUCAUUACAUUAGUCAACCAAGUUCUUGUGUAAAGGCUAGAUUUGUGAUAGCUUCCACUGUCACCAAUACAAAUCAACCACUUUUUUAUUAGUCAUAAGGCAAAAGGCUGGGGCUAAUAUAUCUCACCAAAGCAAAGUUUGGCAUUACUUUGACAGCUUUCCAGGAGGGUGACUUACAAAGUGUAAAUUUUGCAGCAAGGAAGUGAGCAGGGGGAGAGUGAGUGAUUGUGAUAAUAUUGUUUCUAAGGAACCCAAUAAGAGAAACAAGAGAUGUGUGAAAAAUUACUGUAAGAGGGAAAAUGAGAUAUCAGGGCAAAUGUGCUAAAUCCAGAAAAUGUAUUACAGCGUAACAUGCUUUGAGUUUUUAAAAUGAAAUGUGGCUAAUAAAUGAUUCACUUUUCUUUCCAUCAGGUUUAUUGCUGCCGAACUUGUGUGUGGGUUGCAAUACCUACACAGGCAUGGAAUAAUCCACAGGUAAUCUAUAGUAUUUAUUCAAUAUCUAUUAAAUUUUCUCUGUUAGAUGGAAUGUAACAUUUUCACAUUUCGAAUUAAUGUUGUGUAAUUAUAUCAAAAUCUUGAAGCUUCAUCACUCAUUUGUAAGGACUGCCUUCUUUACAGAGACAUUAAGCCAGAGAACGUUUUAUUAGACAGAUCGGGUCACCUCAAAAUAGCUGAUUUUGGUCUGUCAAUAGAAAAUGUAUUCGACUACACAGACUCAUUCGGUGCUGGCACACAAGGGUACAUGGCUCCAGAGGUAAGGAAUAAACUGUAAAUGAUAGGGAAUGUUCAAGCCAGUAGACUGAAAAAAUAAAAAGUUUUUAGUGGGUGACUCUACAGGUGUUUACUAAAAAAAAAAAAACAGUUGGAUUGCUACAGCAGCUUCUCUUGGCACAGUUAGAUGUCAUCUUUACUGCUAUGCCACCGGCUCAGAACAGAAAGGUCAAAAUAAUGCGACACUAAAUUGGGUAUUCAUCUAAACAUAUGUUAAGUAUUUGGCUAGCAAGACAUACUUGCAAAUAGGACAAUCUUAAAGUGACCACAUAGUUAUUGGCUACAAUAUCAUCAAGUGUAAGCAAAAAUGUAAACGUGCGAAAAAAUUUAUUAUAAAAUGCAUUAUAUAGAUAUAAAAUAUGGUAAUAUAUGGUGGGGAUAUAGCUUUAUGAAUUAAUAUCUUGAAUACAUUUUAUAUUCUAUUCUAUAUUUUACUGUAUAUAUAUUGUUGCACUUUUCAUAUUUUAGCUUACACAUUAUUAUAUGUAUUAUAUUAUUAUAGUCAUUAAACAUGUGGUCUCUUUAAAGCUGUUACCUAACUACUGUGAACAUUCAGGGCUAUUGUACAUACUUCACAUAUUUAUUGCACUAUUGAAUUGAUUCACCUAUGGCUUGAAAAAGACCCCUACAUGGGUCAAAUUGUUGUACUUAUUGUAUGCAGUUAUCCAGUAGGUUGGCAUGCUGUUCACUGAAAAGAAGAAUAAAGUGACAGCAAGUCAGGUAUCCUUUUACCAACCAGGAAUAAACUACAUACUAGGAAUUAUCUAUAGAUAGAGUAGAAAAAUCUCCAAUAAAUUAUCGGAACGUGAGGAUGUCAUUGAACUUCAUGCCUUUUCCUAUAAGAGCAUUACUCAAGCACUCUCGAGUUUCUGAGGAAAAUGUGGUCAGUUUAACUCUUUUUCAAGUUUUCAAAAGAGAAGAAUAAUAUUAGAAAGCAAUGUGUUAUAUAAUAUUUCAGUUCUUUUAAAAAUACUAUAUCUUUUUAUCAUCUCCAACACUGUAUCCUACAAUAUCUUAAUGUAUUUGUUACUAUGAAAGGUUUUUUGCUUUGUAUCUAGAUAAGUGUUCUUGCAUAGCAAGACCACUUAAUGUUAUCUCACAUAUAUAUUAUUCUUAUUAAAGCCAAAUUUACCACUCUAACUCCUCCCAUAGUUUUUACACUACAUAGACAGUAAUAUAUCGAAACGUGCAUAUUGUUCCCGAUUGGUGUGCUAAUCCUAAACUGCGACUGUGCCUUCAUUUUUAAUACUUCAGAGACAUACUAUGCAUCAAAAUGUAGGUCUGGGUCUUGUGAUUCUCACAAUAUAAUAUACAGCUCUUCGCUGUAGGAUGUAUAGUUUGUAAAAUACGACCGUUUGAAGAUGGCAACCGCCAAAUACUCUGACCUGUGCCAGGCUGGAGCAGCAAGUGAUGUCAUAGACAGGGCCUUUUGUACACCUGCUAAUGUUUUUAUCAAUGUAUGUUUUAAUGUAACUGUGAAGCACAUUGGGCAACAACGUUGCAAUUAAAUGUGCUAUAUAAAUAAAUAAAUGUUGAAAUGCAUUUCUCACUCUAUCAAUUUCGGCAAUAUCGGUAUCUUUAGUGGCCGAUACCGAUAUUGCCGAAAAUACCAAAUAUCGGACGAUAAUAUCGGUAAAACCGAUAAUUGCUCAAUCCCUAGUUGUAGACUAAUGGUGGAGGCAAGAACACUUCACAGAAUUUCCCCAGAAAUUGUAGCUUUUCUAGUUUGUCAAUUAUUCUUCUCUCUAUAUUUUCUGACAGAUGCUGAGGUUACAAAGGUACGAUGCAGGGGCUGACUGGUGGUCCUUUGGAGUCAUCUUAUACAAGAUGAUUACAGGGUAUAAUGUCUUUCAAUGCGGCCAUGCAGAUGAAGACACACCAGCAGAUGUCAGCCUUGAGGAACGCGAUAUCUUAGAACGGGUAGGUUUGAUUGUACGUUAUAGGAUAAUACCAUGAAAAAAGAAGAUAUGAAUUAAUCAAUUUAUUAUAUCUUAAAAGCCUAAUGAUAUUAUCUCAAACUUUAUUUAAUAAAGUGCAUCAAAAACAAAUCAAGUGAUUUUGGGUAACAGAAACAAGAAUAAUAAUCUAAAAUGUUAUCAAAGUGCUAUUGAAUGUAUAAUUCAUCUAAAAAUACUACUUAUUUUCAGUGAUUUAGAACUUUAACUGCUUAUAUGUAAAUUAUGUAUGUGUUGUAUAUGUGUAAGGGCAGAAGUGAUUUUACUGUAUUUUGUUGUCAUUACAGCUUCUGUGCAAGAUACCAUCUGACCGCCUGGGAAAAAAUGGCAAUAUUCGAGACCAUCCCUUUUUCCAGUCAAUUGAUUGGAAGGAACUAGAGGCCAGAAGAACUAUCCCCCCUUCUAUUCUCCGCACAGUAAGUGCAUGAAUACAGAUCGGAACCUUUAAGACUGAUAUGUCACUUCUGGGCCCCACAUUUUGUGAAAAGACCUCACUCAGUAACAUAUCUACUUGAAUGGUGGUACUCUGAGCUUCCCAAUUGUGUUGAGUUAACGUUAGUGGGGGCAUAGCAAGAUAUUUAUCUAACAUAUCCGAACACCAUUGUUUAUAUAUUUUCCAUCUAGACAUCAUCAGAGAGUUUAGAAGAAUCUGGGAGCAUUGAGCUCAAAUUAUCAUCCAAAGACUCUUCAGAGAAAUCUCUUGAUUCAGAAGAUCAAAGGCUAUUUGAUGGGUUCAGUUACAUCAACCCCAAAUGGAUCAAUUUAGCCAAGUCUUCUGCAGCCCAAUCCACAAAACCAUCAACAGAAGAAGGAUCAUUCGCUGGACCUGCACCUUCUCCCCUGCAACUGGAGGCAACAACUCCAGGAUCAUCUGCAGUGAGAGCAAAAAAAAGGAAAAGAGAGAGCCAGAGUGAGUCAGAAUUCACUCCAAAAAAGAAAAGAGAAUCUGAACUGGCCAAGUCAACACCAGGACCUUGUCAGGAGACAUCUGGAAUAGGAACAGCAUCCGAUAUUGUAACGCAAAAGGUACGAAAAUAAGCUGCUAAUUAAAAUUGACAAUAAAUUUGAAUCCUGGGCUCUCUAAUAUUAAUAACUAAAUUUAUUUUAAAACUCAACCCUGAAAUAUUGGAUGUUUGUCCUGAUGUGUAAUCAAGAUAGUGUCCAAUAAAGACCCAAAUGUCCAAUCUGAAAUUGGUGUUUUUUUGUUUUUUAUUGUGGACGGUUUGCAAUAUAAAUCAUCCCCUUCUACCCUGUAACAGGAGACAACAAUUCCAGGUGUAGUGAGAGGCAAAAAGAGGUGCAGUGAGAGGCAAAAAGGAACAGAAAGCAGAAAGCAGAAAGAGGACCAGAGUGAGUCAGAAUUAAUUCCAAAAAAGAAAAGAGAAGCUGAACAGGAUGAUCCAACACCAGGACCUUCUCAGGAGACAUCUGGCGUAGGAACAACAUCCAAUAGUGUCACACAAAAGGUACUCAGGUGUUAUUGGCAUAGACUCAAUACAUUUGAAUCCUGGGCUUUCUAAUAUGAAUAACUACAUUUAUUUUAAAACUUGACCAGAAAUCUUAGGCGUUUGUCCCAAUGUGUAAUCAGGAUAUUGUUCAAUAAAGACCCAAAUGACCAAUCUGACAUUGACGAUUUCUGGGUUUUAUUGUGGACGGUUUACAGUAAAACUUAUCCCCCUUUUCCCUGGAACAGGAGAAAAUUAUCCCAGAUGCAGUGAGAGCCAGUAAAAGGAAGAGGACACAGAAAGAGGACCAGAGUGAGUCAGAAUUCACUCAAAAAAAGAUUCGGAAAAUCUAA